AUGUUCGCCUCCAGCGUUAUAAGCCAAAGAUCGAAGAGGAUUUAUGAGGGCGCACUACAACAAUGGAGAGAAACCGAUGAAGGUUCAAAAGUGAAGCAAAACAAGAACAACAACGAUGUCAGUGAUCGAUGCAGAGUCAUUCAGAAUGCCUUUCAAAUAAAUUAUUCUUCAUCUUUUUGGUCCAGAAAGUAUGAAACUAGUUGCUACUUUUUGGACAACCUAGAAAAUAGGGAUGAACUAAGUGUUUCCUAUAGAACAGCAAACAGAUGGCUACUGAAUUAUUAUGAUAGUGAUGGUGAAAUAAGUAGUACAUAUGAUGACAGCGAUCAGGACAAAACAUAUUCACCACCGAAGAGCAGCAGCAGCUCCGAUAACGAAAAUACGCCUCACAAACGUUCUUGUAUUAAGAAAACUUCAACAAGCCCCAAUGCAAAUAGAAAUAUUUUGACCGAAAAUCUGAUGGAUAAGCAACAGGGAGAGAACAACAAUAAGUAUUGUGAAGACAUAGAUGGAAAAGAAAACACUCAGAAAACUUCAACUAGAAGCAACAUGGAAAAACAGGAUAGAAAUGAUCCACAGGAUUGGCAAGAGAGAAAGAAAAAACAAGGUUUUUUUGAAAAUAUAGAUGAAAGGAAAAGCUCACAGAAAACUUUAACUAGCCCCAAUGCAAAUAAGAAAAACAUUCUAGUGGAAAAACAGGAUAAAAAUAUUAUUCAGGAAGGAAGGAAAACACAAAAAUCCUGCACUGAAGAUAAAGAAGAAAAACACGUAGAAAAAGUUUUUAAAGAUCAAAAUUUAACGAUGGAGACGGAAGAUAUAAAUAGAAAAGAAAACACUGAACUAGAUAUUGUAAAAAAACAAGAUAAUAACGAACAACGAAAAAAUAAAGAAGGUGGGGAAAUAAAAGUUCAAAACAAAAAAAAAUCUUUAAAAAGAGAUAAAAAAAAUAUUCUUGAAAUAACUAGAAAGAAACAUGAAAUGUUAAAAAAAUGCAACGGAAAAUGCAGGCAACAAUGUAGUGAACUAACGGAGGAAAGAGAAAUUCCACCCAAAUGUUGCGUUCCUGGCUGUACCAGUAAUUAUGCUUCAUCCCAAGAUGGUUAUGUAACCGUUUUUAGAUUUCCUGUGGAUGUGGAUAAACGACAGUUAUGGUUGAAAAAUAUUCCAAGAAAAGAUUGGAGUCCCACAAAAACAUCUGUUGUGUGUAUAAAUUUUUUUAAAGAAAACGAUGUUUCAAGGUUUGAAAAAUACAAAAAUGUCUCAGUUUUAGAAUUGUAG